AUGGAUUCACCUUCCGGGUCCUUCUUUCGAUUUUGGAGUUUUGUUAAAGUUUUCUCCGCAUUUUCAGGUCUUUUAGGUUUCAACCACAUUUCCAGCAUCUUAAUUUUCAAACUCUGUGGACUUUCGAUAAUUUCUAUGAUUGCGGUAUACAUUCUUUGUUUUUCCUCGUUGGUUUUAUUUUGGUGCGGAUUUAAACGUGCACAAAGAGAUCGUGGGACAAGGCAACAACGACAUCUUCUCAAAGAGCUUUACUCCAUAGAUGUUGAAAAGAUUCCAAUGAUCAUUGAUCGCUUUUUAGAGCUAUACGGAGGAAGUCCUCGUGGUGAGGAGGAAAUCUACACAAAGGACAGUGCGAGUUGUUGGGUGGAAAAGCGCUGUGCAGUGUGUUUAGAAGCUGAAGCGUGCAUCCAAACUUUGCCUUGCGAACACGUGGUUGUGUGCAGUUGGUGCGCUUGGCAGUCGUUGAAGCUUGCGUUUCUUCAGAAGUCAUCGCACCGCUGUGUGGUGUGCAGGACAGAGAUUGAGGACUUUAGCAGAAGUUUGAUUAGCGCAAGUGACUUGCUGAAUCUAAGCUGGAAAGAUGUGAGGAAGAUUGUUGAAGACGUAAAACGUUGUUGAGCGUUAGCCGUCUUUUUUAAAUAGUCGAGGAAAGUAGGGAAGUUGAAGAUGUAUAAUAAGCUUUCUUGGAUGAAAUAAAUUAACGAAAUUUUGGUAAAUUUCCAGGCAAAACAUUUACCUAGAGGAACCUGUGGAAUAGAA